CGACGGCUGCGCAGUUCACUCAGUAUCUCCACCGUACACUUUAACUACAUAAUUCCCUUUGGAACAAACACUUCAGGAAAAAGGCUGGAAUUUAAAUUUUUAGCUCUUUUUUUUUUUUUUUUUUUUUUUUUAAAUAAAGCGGAAGAGGACUGCGGACAACAUGGGCGCCCUUUUGGUCGCCUUUAUUUUGAUGACCUCGUCUUCCUGGAGCAACUUUGUCCUCGCUCAUGCUCAAGGAUGCGUCGAUGAGAGCCAUUUUGAGGAGCACCUGCUCGACGCAGGGCAACGGGAUCCUCCGUACUGGCUCAACUGCUCCUUGGAGGAGGUUCCUCACGCCCAGGGCGACCCCCGGCCCCGGCUCACCUGGCUCAAGGACUGUCUGCCUCUUGGUGCCCAGCAGGGGAAUUACUCCCUUGAGUUUAGAAACAUCUCUUCCGAAGCCGGAGGGAACUACACCUGUUUGCGGUCCGGCAACAGCACAGCUUCGUUCACUGUGCACCUCGUAGUUAAAGCAUCCGAGUGCUCUAAAACUCCAGAGUUCCAGUCUAAUGAGGAUCCGAGCACACUCUGGGGGAAGGUGGGAUCCACUAUGAAUCUGAAUUGCACCGCCCUGCUUUCCUGGGACCUGAGUGACAAGCAAUGUGACGCCUCACUGCACUGGACAAAAGAUGGCUAUCCUCUGAGCAAAGGCUCCCUGCUUUUGCAAAACACCUCUUCGUGGUUUCCAGCCGGAGGUCAGCUGAUGGUGAGCAGUGUGCUGGUGGUCCAGCUUCAGGAGUUGGACGACUUUGGACUGUACAGCUGCAAAGUGAGGAACUCUUCCUCUCGCUUCAUCCUGCAGAAAUCGAGCAGCCCUAGUCACACCGCUGCCGUCACCGCAGCCUUCGUCCUCCUCCUCCUGCUGGCUGUGGCUGCCAUCCUCUACACCAAGUGCCACCUGAACAUCAAACUGUGGUACCGCAACUCUUACGGCGACUACGAGAUGAACGAUGGGAAGUUGUACGACGCCUACAUCUCCUACGUGAACAAUGACUACGACAGGAAGUUCGUCAACUUUAUUCUCAAACCUCACCUGGAAAAUAAACAUGCGCAGAAGUUGCAUCUCAACGACAACGACAUCAUGCCCGGUUCAGAACCUUCUGCAGAGCUUUUAAUGAACACCAGUCGCUCCCGACGUCUUAUCGUGUUGCUGUCUCACGCGUACCUUGAGCAGGACUGGUGCUCCAACAACUUCAGACAGGGCCUUCUGCACUUGUUCGAGCUGUGCCGGCAGCCCAUCGUCAUCAUGCUGGAAGGUCAGCUGAAGCGCAUGAGGCCUGAAAUCAGGCAGCAGCUCAUUGAGCACCAGCACUGUCUCACCGUACUCACAUGGAGGCACAACUCUGUGACGCCCUCCUCCGCGUUCUGGAAGGAGCUGGCCUUAGCCAUGCCUCGCAGGGUCGUCUUCCGCAGUGAGUCGGCGGGAGACCCCCAGACGGUCCUACAGGAUGACAAAGACCCCAUGCUGACCUUAGACCCUGACUAUCUGGACUGCCGCUCUGACACGGACCCCGCUGGAGACCUGGGUGUGCGUCUCCCCAUGUACAAAGCUAUGACCGCGAAGGCUCCAGUCCUCCCAGUUAUAUCCAGUAGUGUGCGAGAACCAAAACACCCAGACAUAGAUGUGUCAGACCUGGGAUCUCGCAACUAUGGAGCCCGCUCAGACUUCUACUGCCUGGUCACUAAGGAAGACAUUUGACCCCCCUCCCCCCCCCCCCCCCCAGUCCAGACUUUCCCCUCUAAUGACGACAAUGAUAAAGAGUCCCAUCUAGCUUUACUGUCCUGUAUAAUAUUUUCAUGCGUUGGUUAAAUCAAAAUGUACCUCAUGUCCUUUCCCAUCUAUUGACGUGAUAUUUCAAAAGCAAUAUUUGAAAGCAUUUUUGUAUUUUGACAUAUUGAGAAAAUAUUUUUCAAUUGCAGUA